UCCUAUUCCUCCUUCCUGCUUUCCCCCUCUGCUUCCCAGUGUUUUCAGAUCCAUCUCACACUAACCCCUUGUGCUGUCGUUAAUUUGGAGAGACCCGUGUGGUGGCAUUGGCCUCCUAGAAGGGAUAAGGGACCGAGUUUUGCCAGCUUCUCCAUUAGCAGGAGGGUGAGUUUGGGCCUGUUUCCUGUCCAGUGUUGAACAACAAAAACUGCAUCACACUACUGCUUUGUCACAUCUAGUUGAAGUUACCUUUAUAGCUCAAAAGAGAGAGAGGGAGAAUAACUGGCAGAUAGGCAGGAUGGUGGCACAAACCCCGUUUCCUUAAGAAACCAAACUGAAAGGUGCUUCUUUUAUAUAUAUUUUUUGUAUGGAUUGGUGAGCUAAAUGGUUCUCUUCAGUCACUGGUUCCUAAACACAUGCUGGUUCUAGCUUUCUUUCCUGCCUGAGCUAGAAUGAACAGUCCUGAACAUAAUGUGUAAGCUGAGGGUAUAAAGCAAGUGCCUGUUGUGGUAGUGUAUAUCACUUGCAAGAUUGCUUUCUACCCUUGCCUUUUUCAUGCUUUUUCAUUUUUGCCUUGUGAUGCCUAGGUAUUUUCCAUGGCCUGUGGGGAUCCAGAAAAGCACAUCAGGAAGUUAAAUGAUCUCUUCCAGUGUAUGUUCCUUGGCGUUUGUCAUCCAUGAUUUUUCUCUGCUGUCAGACUGUGCUGUCACCUAGGUUAAGUCCUUGUGGCUUCUUUAAGGGAAGUAAUCUUGACUAAACUGAACGUCAGUGUCUCACAUGGCACGACCAGCAAUCCUUGCUGUUUACCUCAGCCAUAUGAGUAAUGUGGCCACGAUAAACUCAUGAUAGUAAGACUUUACUCAUGUUGUAAGUGCAUAUUAAUUAUCGGACUGCUGCACGUUCAUGGAUGAAAGCUGUAUCUGUGUUAGACGGAUGUACAGAAAAGCAUGUUUUUCAGCUGCUGCAAUCCCUGUGUCCAGCAGUUUUUGCUAACUACAGUGUACCAUGUUCCUUUGCCUUUUCUUCAAUAUGACUAGUUCUCUGGGGCCUAGAUGAGCUGUUAGUUUUCUGCUUCCCUUAACAAAUCCCUGCUUACAGUAGCUUUGGCAGUCUUUAAUAGUGUGGGCUGAUGCUUCUCUCUUCCUCUCCUAUUCACUGCCUUAGGCUGAAUGUCUUUGGAAAAUUUCAGGGGUUUCCAAGAAACAAUACAUAACGCAAUACAUUUUAUAGUAAUUUAAAAGGAGUUCAUCCUAUCCUAUUGUUUGCCUUUUUUUCCCCUUCAUGUGAAGGAAGCAAUUUCCACUGCUUUCCCUCUUGGAGGAGAUUCUGAUGGAGCUGUUUACUGCCAUAUCAAAGUUUGCUUUCAUUUGGCACCAAAUCCAUGCAGAAGUCUGAAUUAAAUUUUUGUUGCGUGCCACUGUCAGAAAGUGCCAAACUGUGUUUAUGGAGGAUAUGUGAUUGCAGAAUCCCAGCACUAGUGGGAAUUACUGGCACAACUCUUUCUUUGAUCUAAGGAGGUUCUUGGCGGUGUAGGAAGGGAUGAGCCUGCCACCAUUGAGGUCACCUUUCGCAUCUUUAUUGAGCAGGGCAAACAGACUAGUUUGGAAGGUACGAGUGCUGCAAUUUGUGAACUGUGUGAUAUAGGGGCCUGUCAUCUUCUCAUGACCUUGUGAUUCAGCAUCUUACUGGAUGUGAGGUCAGUUUGUAGUGCGGCAUCACCACACUUGGCUGCAUGACGCUGGAUAGCUACAGUCUCACAGGAUCCAGAGAAACAUGCAGCCACAUGAAGCCUCCAGCAUUUAAAAAUGAACCUGUUAAAUAUACUCUCCAUCACUGUGAGCUUAUUUCAUAGACGGACUGUAGCCUACUUGGUCAGUGAAUGUUAAGUCUCCCAUCUGAAGAGGGGUUGAUUUGGUUCCUUUCCACCACUAAGGAUUGUGGCUGGUGAAUGUAUUUGCCCCACCGCCUCUAAAUUAAUGGUGUGCCAAGGACAGAUGUGAAACAGCUCUUUCUGGAUAUUGAUGUGGUAUCUUCUCAACACAUUGCAACGCCUUGGGCCCACCAGCAGCACGGGAUAUGGAGGCUCUUGAAGUUGAUGACAUUAGCCCUGCCUUGGAAGUAACUGAAGACUUUUUCAAUAGUUUUGAUACUAAGCUUGAAAAGAUUGUGCAGCCCUCUGAGGUAUAUGGUGUACAGGAGGUCCCUGAACUGGUUGGGCACGAGGUAUUUGAUCAGAUAACAGAGAGCAGGAAUCUGAGGAACGUUGCCUCCUUAGCCAAAAGUAGCCUCAUCUGGGAUCACUGCAAAAAUGGCCUCUUGGAAACCAAAGCUCAGACAGCAUUCCCUGCCAAAGACCACUGCAUGGUGCAGAGAGGAACAGCUGCUGACAACCUUGCUUGGGCAGGGGAAGGGGAGACUGCAGCUUUUAACAUAUUCAGUAUCUGCCAGCGGAGGAGAGACAGGCCUCGCUCGGUGAAUGACAUCCUGGUGCAGAAUGAGGAAGCCUCCACAUUCAAGCCAGGACACAACAGGUCACGCUCUGAUAUCAGCCAAGUAAACUGGGGAGUGGUCUUCACGGGCACCUCCCUGCAGCAGCCACCUGUACCUGGUCAGGACAAUAACUGUGCUCUGCUCUCUUACCUGGCAUUAACCAAGGGAGAGGACAUCCAGGGAAACACAGAACACAAGUCAAUGUUCCCAAAUAUUCUGAAGAAAGGAUACUUAGAAAUUAGAAGAGACAAUGACAGCUACUGGCAAACCUGUUACGCUGAGCUCUCCCCAUACAAACUGUACCUGUAUUGCUUGGACAGCAGUGGCAACCAGACUCUUCCCACCGUGUAUCCACUCAUGCAUUUUCAAAGGGUCACUGUUACUGGUUGCAUCGAAACCAAGGUGGUGGAUGCUGUCCUGUCAGACAACUCGCAGCUACAGCUGAAGGCAGAGUCCUCAUGGGAGGCUUUGGACUGGGGACAGAAACUCUGGGAAGUGGUGCGUGCUUCUGUGCCUGCUUUCACGAGACAGCAGGAGAAACUGGAGAAUGUGCCAAAGCCUGAAAAUAACAGUGACCUUUCUCAAACCAAUGGAUUGUUAGAGAAGCCUAUGGAGCUCUUCCUAUCCAUGAAUUUGACUGAAAACACUAAAGAGUACCAAAAUAUUCUCAAAUCAGGGACUCUUUACAGGUUAACUGUCCAGAAUAACUGGAAGGCAUUUACUUUUGUCUUGAACAGGUCUUAUCUCAUGGCAUUCCAACCGGGUAGGCUUGAUGAAGAUCCGCUGCUGAGCUACAAUGUUGAUGUGUGCCUGUUGGUCCAGACAGAUACUCAGGAUGGCUGUGACUCUUGCUUUCAGGUCAUUUUUCCUCAAGAUGUCCUCCGCUUGCGUGCAGAGACCCGUCAGAGGGCCCAAGAGUGGAUGGAGGCACUGAGAGCAGCAGCCAAUGCUACUAGAAGUUUAACUCAGAACCCACAGGUCACGCUUAGGAGCAAACCUGGAGAUCGGCCCUUUGGAAACAAUGUUAGAAAGAGCAAGCGCCAGUCUGUGACCACCAGUUUCCUGAGCAUCCUGACCACGCUGUCUCUAGAGAGAGGGCUCACAGUUCAGAGCUUCAAGUGUGCAGGCUGUCAGCGCUCCAUAGGCUUGUCCAAUGGGAAAGCCAAGGUGUGCAGCUACAGUGGAUGGUAUUACUGCAGCACCUGCCAUGUGGAUGACAGCUUCCUCAUCCCUGCACGGCUGGUUCAUAACUGGGACACUUCCAAAUACAAGGUAUCAAAGCAAGCCAAAGAGUUCCUGGAAUAUGUUUAUGAGGAGCCAUUGAUUGAUAUCCAGCAGGAAAAUCCCAUGUUGUACAAGCAUGUUGAACCUCUGGCAACUGUUGGUCGCCUGAGACAGCAGCUAAAAUCUCUCCGAGCCUAUUUGUUCAGCUGCAGAGCAGCAGUGGCUGAAGAUCUGCGUAGAAGGAUCUUUCCCAGGGAGUAUCUUCUCCAGCAAAUCCAUCUUUAUUCUCUCGCAGACCUUCAGCAGGUUAUUGAAGGAAAACUGGCUCCUUUCUUGGGAAAGGUAAUCAAGUUUGCCACCUCUCAUGUGUACAGCUGCAGCCUUUGUAGUCAAAAGGGUUUCAUCUGUGAGAUUUGCAACAAUGGAGAAAUCCUUUACCCCUUUGAGGACAUUUCUACAAGCAGGUGUGAAAGCUGUGGUGCUGUCUUCCACUCUGAGUGCAAAGUGAAGGCUGUACCAUGCCCCAGGUGUGUGCGUAAAGAAUUGCAGAAGAAGCAGAAAUCCUUCUGGAGGCGGCUGAAUAUGGAUGAGAACUUCGAAGAGUCUUGCAACAUGUUUGAGUUGUCAUAUCAGAACACAUGAGUUCUUUAAGGCAGUGGCCAGCCUGAAGAGAAUCCCUUUCCCAGCUGCCAGCUCAAGCAACUUCUCAGCUUAGCCAGGCAGAAAUCUUUUUGCAAAAUAAUAUCUGACCUUCUUCAUCUGUGAAUAGCAGCUGCCAAAGUGGCCAUAAAGCCUUGUUGGCUUUAAAAUACCAAUGGCUAAACUGCAUUUUGCAUUGAAGUCCAGCCACUAGCUCUCAUACGAAAUGUGGUUUACUUGAAAUGCUUUAGGUCUAGCUAAUUAAGCACCCAACUUUUUCUUUUCCACCUCUGGAGAAGACUUUUCCUCAAGGCAGAAAGUAUUUGCUGUCAUGACCAUAUUAAUUUUUAUGUUGUUCAUUUAGAAUUGAUGAAUCAUCUACUUAUUUAUGUGUAUUAUUUAUUUAUUAUAAGCCUUGGCAGAGGUUCUGUUGAGGUGUUUCACAGAACCCAAUAGGGCAGUAAUGAUUUUAAACCCACCUGCUCCUUCUGAUGUGGACAUGUGGUUCCAUUUUCUCAUGUCUCCAGGGAGCUAUUUUUAAAGGAUCAUUGCAUUUACAUGUCACUCCUCCCUGAGGAAAGAAAAGUAUCUCCCAUCAAACCUUAUCUGGGGUGCUUGCAAACAUAAGAUGCAGAAUGAUUAUUUGAGCUAUGUUUAUAUAUUUAUAACCACCCCAGUGAACUAUUCCAUAUGCAGAUAAGCAGGGGACUUGCUACUGUUUUUGUUCAGGCUGAAUAUAUUGGUUAAGCUCUGUCACUGAAGUCCAUUGAGUUUUACACUGGUUAUUCUUGAUCUAUGUGAGGCCAUGUCCUCAUCUCCAGUAACGUGAUGUUGGUUCUGACCUCCUGCUAGUCUCACGUUUUAAGACAUUUUAAGUGUCCACAUUGGUUUUGUUUUUAUUUCAUGAAGUUUACUUCAAAUGUGUCUCUAACCUGAACCUGUUAGACUGAUAGUCAGGAAAGUGGUCUUGCCCACGUUAGUUAGAAAAUACCUCCAAAAUUGUGAAACACUAGUUUGCUGUGUUCAUGUGCAACUUGCGUCCUGCAUUCUCUGCGAGCUCUAAGGGAUUUCAUACUUCUGUAGUGACUUGGGUGGUAGAGAGCAAAGUUCCUCUAGGUAUGGUUCUGCUCCACACACCUGGAACACAGGGAAGUAUUAAACAUGGUGAAUUACAUACAUACAUUGUGAAAGGGGAAUACAUGAUGGAUUUAACUGGGGAGAUGUGUGUCAUCACUGGCAGUAUGUUGAAUUCAUUGCGGCUUCACCUCCAGUGGGCACUUAGAGAUCAUCCUCCCUCCAGUCCACGUUCUUAACUCUUUCUCCAGACCCUGCAGUAAUAUGUGUAUUACAUACAUAUGAAAGCAUUCACAUAUAUAUACACACACACAUCUAUAUGCAGAAAGCAAAUAUGGUUUCAAGAGAAAAAAGCCAGUCACGUGCAUGUGUAUUUUUCCUUUCCUCUCACACAGGUUUGUGAAAAUGCAGAAUACUGAUCUUUGCUUCCUAUAUAGUCUGCAGGCUGUUGUAUUCAAGGCAGAAAGCAGUCUUGAUCAUUGAAGCACCUUGCUAAUUGCUGAAGUAUUUUAAAUAAAAAAACAGGGUACAUCAUGCUUACCUUAAAAGGUAGAAUGCUACAACGAAUUGCCUUGUACUGGAGUAUAAGUGGUUGCCUUUUCCAGCCUCCAGUCAAAGACAGUAGCUGAAUCUGAGCUUUCUCAAAUUUGAGUGCAACUACUAUAUAUAUACAAGCAUGUUUAUAUCUGUAUACAUUAGACAACCAGUGCCUUUCUUUUCCAGAAGUCCUUCUCUCAGUGGAAUUCUUUGGAAGGAAGUGAGGGUUUUUUCCAUGUUCUUGGCAAAGUAGUAUAGGGAUUCCCUUAUUUAAUAAACCUGGUGAAUCAUG